AGUUCUUUCACAACUCGGCAUUUAAUUUAGAAAUUAAAAGUAUUUAUCUAUAUCGGCUCCAGUAUAUGUUGUCAUAAAAGUCUCAUAGUCCUGUUGUCUUCCGGGCAUCGAAAAAACAAAGCGUUGCUGCGUUGCUGUUGCUGUUGGAGGAGGUUGUAGUUGCUGUAGCUGCUGCGGCUGUUCAUGGCGCUGGAAGUGGGCGUUGCUUGAACUCCUUAACGUCUUCAAAUCCUCUAACUCAAUCAGGACGUAAUUGAUCUUAAUGUCAGUGGCCUGCACUGGUAGGAAGAUCACCAGCACAACUCAAUCCUCCGUGUGCGUCACUUGAAUUGCCUGAUAUCAAGAAAUAUAUAUCCUAAUCCACAAUGGGGGAGCCAGCAUUGGAUCAAAUUGUUAUGACACCAAAGUGCAAAACAUCUAAUUCUACAACUUUAAUUAUUGAGAGGAAAAGUAAAGCGUCCGUGAAUGGUGAUGGCACAGUGCAUGUUGCUGGUGGAGAUCACAAGGGCAUUGUCAUCAAUAAAACUGCUCAAAGUGAUCUUACUGCAGACAUACCCGCUCAACUCUCUUUAGAAUUCCGUGUGUUCUUGGUCAGUGCUCAAACUGGAAAGCAUACACAAGAAAGCAGGCAUCUACAAUUUUGGUUUAUAUCCUCAUUACCUGACUGGCAACAACCUCAUAUUGCUCAAGAAUUUUUCAAAGAGCUUGUGAGUCCUCAAGAAUUCCCCCGUGACUAUGUUGGCUUCAUUAAAAAACUCAUGAAGCUAAUGCAACACCGGUAUUCUAGUAUUCGUCGUCUGGAAAUAGAACUUAGGCAGCUAGAAUCCGUGGCCCCACCAACAAGACCAUUGUCUGCCGAUGAAAGUAUUUUGGGUCAAAAGAUUGAGCUUACAGAAGAAAAGGUUCUGGAGUUAAUUGAGUCAUCCUACCCUAAUCCUAUCACCAUCCAAGAUAUUGCAAAUACUCAUGGAUGGGAAAUGGAACAAGUAGCUUCUUGUAUUGAGCAGCUUCAAAGUAAAGGUCUUGUUAAAUCAUUGGAGCAUGGUGCAUUUACACGAGUUGGACAAGCAGACUCUGAAAUUCAGAUUGUCAAGCAAAUGCCAACAAUGGUUAGUGCAAAGCAGCCUACAAUUGCUGUCAUUACAGCUCAAUAUUGUGAAAAGAUAGCUGUGGACGCUAUGCUUGAGAACAAAGAAACAUUUGUGCGUUACACCACAGUUGGUCUUCCAGCAGUUCAGCUUCCUGAUGGAACUUACUAUAAGCCAACUAGAUUUGGAGAGUCUAAUGUUUACACUCUGGGCAACAUUGGGGCCCACCGUAUUGUAAGCACUAAACUGCCAAGUGUCGGUCAUACAAGGGAGGCAAUGACUGCUGCAGGGAACACUACAACCAGGCUGUUGGGUACCUUUCAGAAGGUUGACUAUGUCUUUUUGGUGGGAGUUGGAGGUGGUGUUCCUCACUAUACAGACUAUUCCAAACAUGUGAGAUUGGGUGAUGUGGUUGUAUCACACCCAAGUAGCAACCAAAAGAAAAAAUAUGUGUACACUUAUUGUGGAUAUGUCCGAUGUGGUGAAGGAGAAGGAGAUUUUGAGUUUGAUACUAAGGAAUACUGUCCAAACAGUUUGAUUCUCCAGGACAUAGCAGCUCAGCUUAAGUCUCAGGAAGAAAAAUCUUUUCCAUGGAUGCAGUAUUUAAAUGAAGCCUUGAAGGGUAUUACAUCAAAUGAGCUUGAGCAAGAUUUUACAAGGCCGAAUGCUGACUCUGACAAACUCUUCAUGUCAAUUGGGGAACGUGAUGUCAUUGAAGUUGCCCAUCCUUCACCAGCUGAAGGAGCAUCUAAAAGACAAGAAGGAUGCCCUCGUAUUCAUCUUGGGUCUAUUGCUUCUGGUCGAAAAGUGGCACGAGAAGAUAUGUUACGUCAAAUAUUCUCAGCCAAGUAUGGUGCAUUGGCUUAUGAUUGUGAGUUUGAUGCUGUAAUUGAAAGUGUGCAAGGAAACUGUCGUGACAACUUCGCGAUAUUGAGAGGCAUCGCUGAUUACAAAGAUGGUGCCCGUCGUUCUGAAUGGCAGCCGUAUGCUGCUCUUGCUGCUGCAAGUGUUAUGAAGGCCAUGAUAUGUGGUCUUGAAGCACCAUCUGACUAAUAAUGGUCUUUGGUGCUUUGUUUUUGAACAUCACUUUCUCCACUCUUAAAUUUAAUACCUUUUAAUUUAAUCACUGCUAUUUAUUGUGUACAACUUUUCUUAUGAGGGACUUUUUCCCAGAUUCCAUUUUUACUGUAGGCUGAAAUCUCACUUAAGCUAAAGUAGUUGAAAAUUUUAAAUUUUUGUUUUACUGAAGUGUUUACAUUUAUAAUGUUAUUGAGACUGGGAACUACUUAGGCCGCUUUUAAGUGUAAGGCCCCUGAAGUGCAAUUUGUGUUUUGGUCACUGGUUCAUAACGCUCUGUCUAUGACAAUCACCCUACCUCAGUGGAGCAUAGCAAUAUGAGCAGAGUCUCAAAAAAUCAAAUCUGAAUCACUCAGUGUUCUACUAAUUACCUUCAACAAGGUAGUGUGGUUCCUAUAUUUUGUAGGUAGAUUUGUUUUUGCUAAAUAUUGAUGACUUGUUACAUUUACUGGUAUGUAAGUACUAUAUACAUUUAAGCUACACACUGCCUGGAAUGAUGAUGUUUUAUCUGGACUGACAUUGAAUCAUGUGGCCUUUUUGAUACAAAGCAGGGUGAUGAUAACUGACAGAAUAUACUGUAAUUUGCAUCAUUUAUUUUUCUCAAUUAUUGUUUUAUGUUCUCUUUUUGUUGAGGAUGUGUCAUACUUUUGUUUUUAUUAGGUAUUUUUUCCUCAUGGACAUUCUACAGUUCAGUUGUUUUUUCUUUGUUUUUUCAAAUUGCCAAAAAACUAUCGUUGGUUGUCUUGUUGAAGAAGUUUGCAACAUCUGAAUCAGUCUUUCAAUUUUUGUUUCUAACUGUAACGUUUGAGAACACAUUCUUGCAAAAUUGUUGACAAAAUGUUUUAAUUGACUGAAUCAACAAAAGUUAGCUCAAAUCCGUGGGAGAAGUGUUGCACAACAUAUACAUUUUUAUUGUAUAUCUCUAGAUUAGGGAUAUUUUGCUCACUGGAGUAGAAUAUAAUUGUUUUAUUGGAGCACAUAUCUAGCAAGGGAGCACAUCUUACUACUCCUAUUUAUUUACAUUAACAUAAUAUUUAAGAGAAAGGAAAGGUGAACUUUUACCUUGUUGAACUUUUUUAAAGAGGUGAAUAUGUCUGUUGAUGCUUUAUGUGAUCUAUUGAAGAAUGCUAUUACUAUUGUAAAGUAGUAGUUACAUUAUCUCUGUAAAAUUGUAAAAGUGAUUUCACAAGUUUUUGACUAUUCCUAGUCAAUUUUUAUUUCUGGUCUGGUGGAAACUAUUCUAGUGGAAGAUAGUAUAGAAUUAAUUGAUCUGUAGCUAUUCACAAGGAAAUUGCUUGAUAAAAAUGAGACCAACAUGGUAUUCUUCAAGUUUUUUUUGUUUUUUUUUCUCUAGUCUGGAGCUGUUUUUUGUAGGUUUGGGGUCUAGUUUACUUCUAAAUGUUUAUUUUUAGAUCCUUUCUGUUUUUUGUUUUUUGUUUGUUCUGAGCACAUUGUUGAAUCAAGGCACCUUCCUGUAGAACAUAAGUAUCCGUUUAGAGGGAUCAACCUUCGCUGUGCAGACAACUGCAUUAGAAAUUCUUAACUUUUGAUGUUUUUGGAAAUCAUUGGACAUCAUUACAAAAUCUGGCUUUAGUGUCAUUCUUCUACAGAUUUUCUUUUGUAAUCUGUGUUAAUGUGAGCAAAGGAAUUUUUGUUUCACCUUGUGUGGUCAACCGUUGCUCUUACUUGCUACCGUAGUUUUAUCUAAUUUUACUCACAAUCAAAUAUUUGUUGCCUGCGUUUAUCUUUCCAUGACAUGCUGUGUUUUCUGUGCCAAUACCCAAUAGAGCAUUUGUUACUUAUUUGCACUUGCCAACUUAAAACCUUUUAAUUGUCUUCUGCAGAUCAAGUAAAUAUCCAUAUUAUUGGUCAUUACAAUUUCUUUAUCUAUUGUUUCCUUCCUUCAAUCUAAAGAUUGUGAACUGCUUUUGGCACUGGAUAUUUUUUUAUGGUUUUGCUAUCACUAAACAAAGUGCUGUGACUCUGCAAUUUUCCAAUCUUUAUAAGCUUAUUCACAUUCAGAUUAAUUAGUGUAAUUGAUCUCAGAGGUGAAUUUUAGACCAAAGUUAUUUAUUGGAAGAUGUAUGAUUAUUGUUGUUUUACGUAUAACCUUUCCAUUUUUAUUUGAUUUUAGUGUGUCAUGCUAACUUCUUUGGAGGUUUAAAUGCCUUUUAGCUCUGCUUAGAAUAUGUUAACUUAACAGUUCUUUUCCAUUUCUUUAGGUGUCAGCGUCAGCUGUUUAAAUUAUGUUUUGUCCAUGUGUCGCAUGCAAAUUCACUCAACAGUUCCUCUGCAUUAGUUCCUUGUGAUAAUCUCGGUAAUUUUACUUUUUGAAUCGAGUAUGUAACUAAUAAAUAAAUACAUGUAUUGUGAGCCACGAGCUGUGCUAAUCUUAGGAAUCUUUGUAUGCCAACGUUAUCUGUGCCAGCCAUUCCAACUCUUGCCAUCUUUACUUUAAUAUUUUUUUCUCUAUCGUCUUUCUUGUGGCUGCUUUGUUUUGUGUAGAUUUUAUUUUUCUAUUCUUCUUAUUUGCCUUUUGGCUUUAUCUGUGUAGUUUAUUUUAUGCUGUCACUUAGGAAUAUUGCUGUACAUGUACAAUGUUGCUAGAUGUGCAUAGUGAGCUUUCCAUCUUUCACCUAUAGUUUCAGGUGAGAGAGUUGUUAAGCCUGCCCUAUUUUCUCUGUACUGUUCUACUUUAAAGGUACAUUAUUAAAAUUUACCAUGAUAUUUCAA